CAAAGGCUAUUUGAUAUAGCGAGUUAUGUUUAUGUAACAAAUGAUUGGAUGGGAUAUGAGGAUUGCAAAUUGAAAGGCAUUGAGCAAGUUGAUAAUAAUGAAAUAAAUAAAAGAGUAACAGAUAUAGUUAUGGAAAUAGACAAAAUUGAAAGAAAGAAUGUAAAGGUUAGUUCAGUAAAUGAUGAUGAAAUGGGUGAUAAAAAAUCUGAAGACUCAUCUAAACAAAAUUAUGAAGCAAACAAUUCUGAAAAUUGCUAUAAAAAUGAAAUAGGUAUUUCUAGAUUUGGUAAUAAAUAUGAGAAGACUAUUAGAGUAAGAAAUAUAUCUAUAGAUCAAUUGAAUCAG